AUGAAUAAGAGCUAUGAAAUUUCAGGGGGAUCCCGUGAUGGUGCUACGGAAGCUCACCAUACCCGUCAGUCAGGGCAGCAUCAGUGGGCUGAUGCCACUGAGUCGGCAGACCAGUCGGAAAGUGGUGAGAAGGACCUUUCUCUAACGCUCUUGGAGCGCGAGUACAGCUACAAGGGCCUCAAAUCGUGGUGGCAGAACAUGGAGCAAAAAAUAAACCAGUGUGCGUGUGACGACGGACAAAUGCAUUACAAUCACAAUGGCAUUGCGAACUGCGAGUCGGCUCCAAACGAAGACAUAUUAGAACCGCAGGAGGAUCGGUUGCAGGGGCUGAUAGGUCAGGAGCGAGAUGCUGAAGUGAGCCUGCAGAUCGCAGAGCCUGAGCUAGAGGAUCCUGCCCCCAGUGGGCGGAAGUCGAUGCAGGCCACGCCAGAGGCUCUGUUUCUGGCAGAGAAGCUGCAGCAGCUGGCGGACACCACGAGAAAAAUGGCGCAGCACCUUCUCAGCCCAGAAGCGUCACGCUCCAGACGUGUCGUCACGGCGGACUCAGAAGCGCUGGGUGCCACCUCAGACAUGGAGUGUCGUGCAGAAACCAGCGACGUUGAACUGAUGCGGCAGAAGAUACUGCUGCUGGACGAGGUGGUGGAAGAGCUUUCGCAGUACAGACUGUCGCCUCUCGCUCUCGACAUGACGGAAAGGUUUAUGGGGGAGUCUCCUCAAUCACCAUGCCUGAGGAAUGAACGUGCCAUUACAUGUAACAAUGCUAUUGUUGAAAGCAGUAACAGUGAAGGCGAAGGCUUGCAACAGGAGCUCGACUUGAGUAACUUGGCCAGUUGUCUCGCAGAAGAUACGCAAAACACAGUGGCCUAUGUCACUGAAAGCCUUAGUACUCAGUCUAGCUAUGCUCCUGUCGCAGAAGAAUUAUCGGGUGCUGGAGUUAAAACUAAAGAGCAUUCAGGUAACGCAGAGGUCCUUCUAUCAACAAUAGUAGACGACCCUCCACCGCAACACUUUCCAGCUGAUGGGACAGCAGAUGGAACAAGAACGAGCCCCGUUCUGCUGGCACAGCAGAAGCCUUUAACUGACUCUCCUGGCCCCCAUUCGGACGCUUGUAGCUCAAACAUGUUGUCACAGGAACGUCGCUUCAGCACAUGUCACGGGAAAGAGGCAGCUGGUGCAACUCAGCAAAUCCGAUCAGGAGUCUCUAAACAGGAUGGCCUAGACAGGGUGACUGCAACAGCGCAGCGCCUCCUCAGAUAUCCUAUACUGGUGCAUGCUCUGAACGCAGAAGAAAUGGACAGAGCUGGAGGUGAAGUAGUGGAAUGUCAGCCGAUACCUUGGCAGGUAGUACAAAGCGACAUGGUGACCUCUGUUGCACCAUCCCAACAAGAACCUCGGACGAAUUUCUCUGGAUCCCAUUUGGGCUUUAGCACCUCCGACCUCUUGUCACAGGAACUACGGUUCAACACCUGCCAAGGUAGUGAGCGAUCUUGUAAAGCGGGUGGCACUGCCUAUCAAGGCCAAGAGGAGGCGUCGCAACCAAGUGGCAUAGAUGGAAUGAUUGCAUUGGUGCAGCGCCUUCUCAGGCUUAACAUCAUGGGGCAUGCUCAAACCCCUGGAAAAACGAACGCAGUUGCAGUGGAAAAUCAUUCGAUGCCUUGGCAGUUCGUACAGAGCGGCGUAGCGACUGCUAUUUCACCAUCCCAGUGA